ACAAAAUUUUUUAAAAAAGGAAAAAAAAAAGAAGGAAGGUAGAGGUCCUUCUCUCCUUUGUGACCUUAGACAGCCAUGGCGCCCAGACAGUAUGGCAUGAUCCUGAAGCUCCACUUCCACAAGGAUUGGCAGCAGCAAGUGGACACUUGGUUCAACCAGCCCACAUUCAAGAUCUUCAGAUGCAAGUGCCAGCAGGCAAAAGCACAUUGCAUGGCCCCUUGUCCUGCAUCUAGUCCCAUCAGGCCCAUAGUGAGGUUUUGUACAGUUAGAUACCACACCAAGGUCUGGGCUGGGGUCUGGACUGUCAGGGGCUUCAACCUGGAAGAACUCAGGGUGGCUGGUAUCCACAAGAAAAUGGGAGACAGUUCUGCUGAAGAACUUAAUUUGGCCACCCAGAUAACAGGACCUAUGAUGCCCAUCUGGAAUGUGUACAAAAAGGAAAAAGCCAGAGUCAUCACAGAAGAAGAGAAGAACUCUAAGGCUUUUGCCAGUCUUCACAUGGCCCGUACCAAUGCCUGGCUCUUUGGCAUCCAAGCAAAAAGGCCGAAGGAGGCUGCAGAGAAAGACGUUGAAAAGAAAAAAUAAUGUGUGGUUGGAGUGUUGGAACACAUUUUCCAUACAGGAAAAAAAAAGAAAGAAG